AUUUCUCUCGAGUUAAAUUCUCGUGUUGUAGUUACAAAAAAGUUUUGAACUGCUCAAAAAUGGAGCUGGAAAAGCAGCUGUCAUAUCUUCAGACGCAAGGUUUGCAAGUAAGCAUGGAAAACCUAAAGAACCCGACAGAGGACUUCAUGGUUUAUCUGAUAACUGAGUACUUGGUUAAACUUUAUUUGGACGCCAACGAGAUAGCUAAGCCAACUGUUGAACAGCUUGAUUGUCUAUCUUGUCCUGAUUCAGUGUUUGACGCCAUCAAAGUCAUCAAUGUGUAUACAGCACUGUCUUCUAUUUGCAAUGAAAUUUUUCUUAAAGACUUGUGCCUGAUGGAUGUCAUAAGCCCAGGACCAAAGAAAGCCAAAAUGUUGAUUAAAAUUUUGAUCAACUUUUUUGUGUACUUUCGCAAUAAAAUGGGAGAAAACGAAGUUGCCUUUGUGCAGCUUGAUGGUAAAAAAAAGUAUAUGGACGACAUUAUUGACGAGAAGGAUUCUCUUGUUGCAAAAAUUGGAGCAACCAUCCAUGAAAGAGAGAACAAAAUCGAAUUGAGGCAGCAAUUGCAACAAGAAAUAGAUAAAAUUACCCUGGAAAUCAAAAGUGAUAAUAAAAUAUUAAGAGAAUUGGAGUAUCAGGAUAAAGAAGUUACAAUGCAGCAUCAAGAUAAUUCAAAAAAGUGCAAUGAUCUUAAAUCAAAAGCCCUGAAGUUGCACAAAGUGACUACCGAAUUGCAAUCUAAAAUUGUCAAAUCACCAGAAAAUUAUGCUGCACGUUCCAAAGAACUAAACAAGCUCCUUGAAUUGAAAAAAGAGGAAAGACAAGUAUUAACCGAUGCAAUUACUCAAAAACAAUCACAAAUCAAGAGCAAUGAAAAUGCUCAAGAAUUAGUGAAAGAGUUGAAUGAAAAAUUCUUAGUUAACACUAACGAAACUCGGAAAGAAUUGAAAGAAACAUCAGAAAAGUUAGAAUAUGUUCAGAAGGAAGUAGAUAGAUUAAAAACUGACAUUGAAAAAUGGAGCAAUCUUGACGAAAACCAAUUGUCUUCCAUUAUAGAAAAUGAAGAUGCUAAAAGAUAUGAACAAUUAUUAUCAGAAUUGGGUCAACAAUGCCAACAAAGAGAAAGAGAACUUCAUAGUAAAAAGUCGUUAUUACAAGAAUUAAAAAAUGAUUUCAAUAAUAAGAAAACUCUUGUCAAAAGUGCAGAAAAAAUUCUUUCAAUUGCAGAAAAAGAAUGUUCGGAACUUAAAAACCAAUACAAGGAGUUUUAUGAGAAUGAAAUUGCCCAGGAACUUGAAAUACGAGAAACAAUAGAAACAACAAUAUCUAAAACUAACACAAAAUUGAGCUGUAUGUAG